CUCAUCAUCAUCAUCAUCAUCGUCAAUGUAUGUUGAUCGUUGAUUAAUAAUAAUAAUAAAAAAAUUGAAUUGAAUUAAUCGAUUACAACAGCGCGACUACUGCAGCACAUUCCUCUUUCUUUUUUUUUUUUUGGUUGUAUAACGACAAUACACAGUGACAAUUAUUUUGGACAACAAAAAACGCUGGUGAUGUUUUUUCAUGUCUAGAUUCUUUUUGGAAUUUCAUCAAUGUUUUUUUUUGACUUGAAUUGAAUUGAAUUGAAUUCCUAGUGGUCUUUUUUUGGGGAGGAGGGUUUUUUUAUACUACAAAUAAAUUAUUAUGGGUUUAUUGUCCAUUGGUGAACCAUUAUCGUGGCCGGAAACAAAAUCAUAUGCAGAAUAUAUACGUGAACAUGGUAUCAAACAAUUUAUUAAUCUUUAUAAUCUAUGUAAAACAAAAACAAGUGAAGUUUUAAAAUUUGGUGAUGAGAUUGAAUAUAUGAUUGUAAAAUUUGAUCAUCAAUCUAAAAAAGUACGUGUAUCAAAUCGUGCAAUUGAAUUAUUAAAAAUUCUUCAAGAACCAGAAGAAAAUGGUCAAGAUUGUGUUAGUUUAUGGAGACCAGAAUUUGGUGCCUAUAUGGUUGAAGGUACACCUGGCCAACCAUAUAGUAUGAAUCCUACACCAUUGGAACAAUAUCUGAUGACAGCUAAUCAUCAGCAACAACAACAACAACAACAGGAUUCUGAUUCUGGAUCAAAUUCUACAUCUGAAUUAAUCAUUAAUAAUGAUAAUGAUGACAACAUCAACAAUGAAAAUAAUAAUGAUGGCGAUGAUGAUGAUGAUAAAAAUAUUCAAGAUGAUGCAUUUAUUAUUGACAAUAAUAAUUUGAAAACUUCAUCAAGUUCACCAUUUUCAUUUGUCAAUGUAAUUGAAGCAAAUAUGCGUUUGAGACGUAAACAAGUGCAAGACCUAUUGGAUGAUAAUGAAGCUGUCCUAUCCAUCAGUCCAUUUCCGACAUUAGGUACAUUGGAUUUUUGUGAACCACGUUCAUUUGUUCAUCCUACAUUUGGCUUUAGCCGUAGUUUAUUCUUUCCUGAUGAAGCUAUAUUUACUGGACAUCCAAGAUUCUGUACAAUAGCUAAUAAUAUACGUGAACGGCGUGGACGUAAUGUUGAUAUUUAUCUUCCUAUUUUUAGGGACCAAAAUACUUCUAGUCCAUUUAUUGAAAAUUUUGUUGAUGCAUUAAAUAUUGAUCAUAAUAAUAUUGAUGAUGAACAAAAACGAAAAUAUGAAGAAAUCGCUAAUGAACGUCAACGUAUCGUUAAUAAAGAAGAUCAUAUAUAUAUGGAUGCAAUGGGUUUCGGUAUGGGUUGCUGUUGUUUGCAGGUUACAUUUCAAGCAUCAAAUAUUGAUGAAGCAUGCUGUCUAUAUGAUCAAUUAGCACCAUUAUGUCCAAUUAUGAUGGCAUUAUCGGCUGCAUCACCAAUAUUUCGUGGUUUUCUAUCCGAUAUUGAUUGUCGUUGGUCAGUAAUUGCUCAAUCAGUUGAUGAUCGUACUGAAGCUGAAAUUACUGGCCAUUGUCAAGAAAAUGGACAAUCAUAUGGUCGUAUACCGAAAUCACGUUAUGAUUCUAUUGAUCUUUAUAUUAGUCCACAACAUGUUCAUUAUAAUGAUAUUAAUGUUGUUUAUAAUGAACGUUAUUAUGAACAAAUGGUCAAUAAUCAUAUACCAUCAUCAAUAGCUAAACAUAUCGCUCAUUUAUUUAUUCGUGAUCCAUUGGUUAUAUUUAAAGAAAAAAUGGACGUUGAUGAUACCAAAGAAAGUGAUCAUUUUGAGAACAUUCAAUCAACAAAUUGGCAAACAAUGCGUUUUAAACCACCACCAUUGGGUCAACUAGAAAUUGGUUGGCGUGUUGAAUUUCGUCCAAUGGAAUUACAAUUGACCGAUACGGAAAAUGCUGCAUUAGUUAUUUUCAUCGUAUUGCUCACUAGAUUGAUUUUAUCAUUUAAUUUAAAUCUAUUGAUACCAAUGUCAAAGGUUGAAGAAAAUAUGAAAGUUGCUCAAGAACGUGAUGCAGUAAAAAAUAAACGAUUCUGGUUUCGUCGUAAUAUUUCAUUUCCACAGAAUAUUCGUGAACAUUUACGUGUACGACGUAAACCACAAUGUUGGUCAUCAAUAAAACAAUUAUCAAAUUGUUUUACUUCUACAUCUUCUGGUUAUGAUCGAUCAAAGAAAAAUAUUGAAAACUGUUGUGUGCAAUUAACAAUCGAUGAAAUUAUAAAUGGUACACAUGUUAAUGAUGGUGAUGAUGAUAGUAGUGGCUUUCCUGGACUUAUACCGUUAUUAAAUUUCUAUCUGGAUAGUGUUGAAAUUGAUGCUGAAACACGUUGUAAAUUGAAUCUAUAUUUACGUCUUAUAUCUAGCCGCGCAAAAGGUGAAUUACCAACAGCUGCACAGCUUAUAAGACGUUUUGUUAUUGGCCAUAAUGAUUAUCAUAAUGAUUCACGUGUAUCAUCCAGAAUUGCAUAUGAUUUAUUACAACAAUUGAAUCAAUUACAAACCGAUCAGAUUACCUUGGAACAAUUGAUUAAAAAUAUUAAUGAUAAUUUUAAUAAGAAAAACCAAUAACAACAAAUGAUGAUUUUGAUCAUCAUCAA